CUUGAAGAGCCGCCUGGAGCAGCAGAAAAGAGUCAUGGACACGUCGCUCAUUGUCCGUAUCCUCGAGCAAGCUGGCACCUCUGGCCAACUGAACGCCGACUCCUUUGUCAAACUCGAUCAAGGCCAGAGAGACUUUGUCGCCGAGUACGCUCGAGGCGCCAAGGCGCUCGAAGACCUCGUGAAGGCGGAAUCUCAGCUGACUCGAGACCACAAUGCUGCCGAGCACGCCAAGCUGCACGACGCCAUGUCACGUCAAGAAGAGUCUAGGCUGGACAAAGAGGCAUGCAAAGCGCUGCCUUGAUAGCCUCAACUAUGAUGGGAUGAACGACAGACAAAGCACCAUCAAGCCCAGGCACAAUCAGACUUUUGACUGGAUCUUUAAGGACAUAGACGCAGGCCGGUCUUCAGACAUGUUGCAAGCUGGACAAUAUCCCCAAUCGUCUGGCAACCUUGGCCUUUCCGAGGAAGUCCAAGGAUCGGACAACCAGAGCGCCUCUGGACACGUCCACGAUGCUGACAGAAAAAGCCCCUUAUCUGGCCAAGAGGGAGCAUUCAUCCGAUGCCUCCGAGCGGACGCGCGCCGUCUAUUCUGGAUCAGCGGAAAGCCAGGCUCUGGGAAGAGCACUUUGAUGAAGCUGAUCCGAUAUGACCAACGAACGGCCAACGCCUUGGAGAAGUGGCGGCCCAAGCCGAGAAUCAUCUCCCAUUUUCUGUGGAAAGCCGGCAGCCAAAGCCAAAACAGCUUCCGGGGUCUUCUCUGCUCUCUUCUUCACCAGGUCUUGCACAAUGAUCAACACCUCAUCGCCCAGUUCAUUGGGGAGAAUCGCGGGCUCACGUACAAGAACAGCGAAACCGACUGGUCACUUGAGGAACUCAAGGUGCUCCUGUUCAAAGGUAUCCGAAACGCAGAUCGGGGGUAUCUGGUUCUCCUCGAUGCCCUCGACGAAGUCGAUAGACGAGACGAAGGUCUAGACCAGCUUCUGAAUUUCGUACACGAACUCGAAGCAGAGAGUCAGGUCAAACUCUGUGUCUCCAGCCGUGCCGAGCGCCCCUUCGACCUAAGAUUCGACAACGAGUCGAGGCCGAGACUCCGCAUGGAGCAUCUCACAUACCAAGACAUCAAGAAUUACACACACGACUUUCUCAAAAACACCGGGCUCGACUCCCCAGACUUGCUGCAAAAGAUUUCCGAGGAAAUUCUAUGGAAGGUCGAGGGCGUCUUUAUCUGGGUGUACCUCGUUCUAGCGGACGUCAAGCUUGGCAUUACCAACUUCGCAGAGGAUUGGGACGAGAUUUAUCAGCGCAUCACCAUCUUCCAGCCGGAUCUCAUGAAGCUGUACAGGGACAUGUGGCACCGGCUAGACGGCCGUCGCGAGGUCCACGUCGCGCGAGCGGCCAAGUACUUCAGUCUAGUUCGGAUGCUGUUGACUUACGGGAGAUUCAGGAGUCACUGCUGCGUUCUCACAUUGGCGAUCGCAUCAGAUGACGCUAUUCUGGGCGUCUUCUCGGCGUCGAACGAACUGCCGCUGUUACCAGAAGUGUUGCAAAGAUGCGAGCAUAUCCAAAAGACCCUGUCACCGACGUGUGCUGGGCUUCUGGAGAUGGAAGACGGCUGGGGAGCCGUCGUGGAGGGCGCGACGGACCAGCAAAGACUGGCUGCUUGGGACGAAGUUCGCAUCAGAUUCACCCACAAGACUGCACUGGAGUUCCUUGACAGCGAUGAGGGGCAAGCGCUGUUCCAAUCUUUUGCUCCGGACUCUGAGGAAACGGUCUUCAGGUGCGUCAAGGCGGUGCUCAUCAUCCAAUUUCUGCAUGGUGCUGGCAACCGUGCUUUCACGCAAGUCGCAGACUCGAUGUGGCAACUGAAAGAGUCCUGUGAACAACUGAAAGAAGGGUUCCAGCCAUCUGUUUGAACUUUGUCUCAAGUCCGAAAGGUUUGAUUUUCCGAGACAGUCUUGGAGUUUUUGGUGAAAGUGAUCUUCGUCCCUCUGAAAAGAGAAACCCUCUUCGUAUCAAUAAAGAAGCUCGGGAAGUGAACAGAACAGGAAACCGAAAAGGUUCUUUGAGCAUCUCUCUCCUCAACUCCGCUCGUUGACCAAAAUGCAACCUACUGACCAACCUGUCCAUAGCCCGCCAUGUUUUUGAACCACAGUUAUCAGCUACUUUGGUUUAUGCGUG